UCGCCAAGAUUUAAUAUGACACACAUUGUUUUUAACGGAGCAUGUAUGGCUUCUCCGCCCCAAUGACUCCCUCUUCUCCUCUUAUACUCGCGCUUCGCCUUCAUAAUUCAAUCCCUCCUCCGCGCUUCCACGUAUCAUUCUCGUCUGUCUCUCGCUCCAUGUCUCCAGCAAUGGAACCCCAAGAACGACCACAAGUGGAAGCGUCUGCGCCACGCAGCAACGACUUCUCCAGCGAUGGGGUUGCUCACAAAUCCAAAGUCACUGUCGUCGGUAGCGGAAACUGGGGCAGUGUGGCUGCAAAGCUCCUUGCCUCCAACACCCUUAGGCUCGGCUCUUUCCAUGAUGAAGUGAGGAUGUGGGUGUACGAGGAAACAUUAACAAGUGGUGCGAAGCUCACAGAUGUCAUCAACAGUAUCAAUGAAAAUGUUAAAUAUCUCCCUGGUGUCAAGCUCGGAAAAAAUGUUGUUGCGGAUCCAGACCUUGAAAAUGCAGUGAAGGAUGCGAACAUGUUGGUUUUUGUCACCCCGCAUCAAUUUAUGGAGGGAAUAUGUAGGAAGCUUGUUGGGAAAAUAAAGAGUAAUGUGGAGGCUAUUUCCCUUAUAAAAGGAAUGGAGGUCAAAAUGGAAGGCCCCUGCAUGAUCUCUUCUCUCAUCUCCCAGCAAUUGGGGAUUAAUUGUUGUGUCCUAAUGGGGGCCAACAUCGCCAACGAGAUUGCCAUGGAGAAGUUCAGCGAAGCAACAGUUGGAUACAGAGAGAACAGGCAGAUUGCAAAUAAAUGGGUUCAACUGUUUAGUACUCCCUAUUUCCUGGUCACAGCUGUUCAAGAUGUGGAAGGGGUAGAACUAUGCGGUACCCUGAAAAAUGUUGUGGCCUUAGCAGCAGGUUUUGUGGAUGGCUUAGAGAUGGGUAAUAACACAAAAGCCGCAAUCAUGAGAAUUGGUCUGAGAGAGAUGAAGGCAUUUUCCAAGUUGUUGUUUUCAUCUGUUAAGGAUACCACCUUCUUUGAGAGCUGUGGUGUAGCCGACCUGAUCACAACUUGCUUGGGCGGAAGAAACAGAAAAGUUGCAGAAGCUUUUGCAAAGAAUGGAGGGAAAAGGUCAUUUGAUGAGCUUGAAGCAGAGAUGCUGCAGGGCCAGAAAUUACAGGGUGUCUCAACAGCUAGGGAGGUUUAUGAGGUUUUAAGUCACCGUGGAUGGCUAGAGUUGUUUCCGCUUUUUGCAACGGUGCAUGAGAUUUGCAUUGGUCAUCUUCCACCAUCAGCCAUAGUCGAACAUAGUGAGCGCAGAGCCAGAUUGUCUCUACUAGAUGGCUCUGCCACCCAAUACUGCUGACUGUACGUUGUAUUCAACAAUAUAUUUCACAAACAGAAUUUAUAACAGAAGUUUUGUUCAGUUAUACAUCAAGCUCGAAAGGGGGUGAAACUUGAACAAGCUAAAAGAUUAUGCCGGGGCAACAAAAGGCUUCACUGUUUCAGUUUGGGAUCAGAAUGUCAAGGAGCUUCAGGCUGUUUCCAUUGAAGAGUAGAAUUAACCACUUCCAAAUUUUCUAUCAUGUACUUUUCUUUUCUUUUUUGUUCCACUGUCUGGUACACGUGAAUUGUACUGAUUAUAUGUCAUGCAGAAUGUGUUGUCACGAAA